AUUAUUGAUUUUUCGUUUCAACCAUUGAGACCCUGCUUGCAUACUUAUUGUGUCCAGAUUUUCCGCGAUUGACUAACGAACAGACGUGUGUCGUCCUCAAUUGCGCAUCGCCAAUUGAAGCGUCUGUGAGCAGCAAGUUACAUUUAAACCAAUUUCCUGGUUGUAUCAAAAACUACAAAAGCUAAAACAGGAAGGAAAAAUACGAUUUUUGAAACUUAGAGACUCCAGAGAUUUAUCGCGUCGUUGAUUACGUAGCAGCACCAUGGGCAAGGAAAAGAUCCAUAUUAACAUCGUUGUGAUUGGCCACGUAGAUUCGGGCAAGUCGACCACCACUGGACAUUUGAUUUACAAAUGCGGCGGAAUCGAUAAGCGUACAAUUGAGAAGUUCGAGAAGGAGGCCCAGGAGAUGGGCAAGGGCUCGUUCAAGUAUGCCUGGGUGCUCGACAAACUGAAGGCUGAGCGCGAGCGCGGCAUCACCAUUGAUAUUGCCUUGUGGAAAUUCGAGACGGCCAAGUAUUAUGUGACCAUCAUUGAUGCGCCCGGUCACAGGGAUUUCAUCAAGAACAUGAUUACCGGCACUUCGCAAGCCGAUUGUGCCGUGCUGAUUGUAGCUGCCGGCACUGGUGAAUUUGAGGCUGGCAUCUCGAAGAACGGCCAGACGCGUGAGCAUGCGCUGUUGGCCUUCACGUUGGGCGUUAAGCAGCUGAUUGUGGGCGUCAACAAGAUGGAUUCGACGGAGCCACCCUAUAGCGAGACACGCUAUGAGGAAAUCAAAAAGGAGGUCUCCUCGUACAUCAAGAAGAUUGGCUACAAUCCGGCCUCGGUCGCGUUUGUGCCCAUUUCAGGCUGGCAUGGUGACAACAUGCUUGAGGCAUCCGAGAAGAUGCCCUGGUUCAAGGGCUGGACCGUCGAACGCAAGGAGGGCAAGACGGAGGGCAAGUGCUUGAUUGACGCGCUGGACGCGAUUAUGCCGCCCCAGCGGCCCACUGACAAACCGCUGCGCCUGCCUCUGCAGGAUGUCUACAAGAUCGGUGGCAUAGGCACAGUACCAGUUGGUCGUGUAGAGACUGGAGUACUCAAGCCAGGCAUGGUGGUAAACUUUGCUCCCGUUAAUCUGGUUACUGAAGUCAAGUCCGUGGAGAUGCAUCACGAGGCAUUGACCGAGGCUAUGCCGGGCGACAAUGUCGGCUUCAACGUUAAAAACGUCUCGGUUAAGGAGUUGCGUCGUGGCUACGUGGCUGGCGAUUCGAAGAACAAUCCACCACGAGGCGCUGCCGAUUUUACUGCUCAGGUAAUUGUGCUCAAUCAUCCUGGGCAGAUUGCUAAUGGGUAUACCCCUGUAUUGGAUUGCCACACGGCACAUAUCGCAUGCAAGUUUUCCGAGAUCAAGGAGAAGUGUGAUCGCCGUACGGGCAAGACCACCGAGACCGAACCGAAGGCCAUCAAAUCUGGCGAUGCGGCCAUCAUAUUGCUUGUACCCACUAAGCCGUUGUGCGUUGAAAGCUUCCAAGAAUUUCCGCCGCUGGGACGGUUCGCAGUGCGCGAUAUGCGUCAAACUGUAGCGGUCGGUGUCAUAAAAUCGGUGAACUUUAAAGAAACGACCUCGGGCAAAGUAACAAAAGCCGCUGAGAAGGCACAGAAGAAGAAAUAACUAGGGUGUCAGAAGACUUGUAAUUCAAAUAACAGCAUCAACAAUAACAACAACAACACUCAAACACUCAAACAACAAACGGCAAAAGCAACAACACACUUAAAAUUUAUAGUAUCUACUCAUCAUAGGCGAGCAAAACCGAUGCAAGGGCUUGACACAAAGUCCGUGGCGUAUAAAAUUUCAUCGACUACAACUAUUAA